AUAGUAUAUGUCCACUAAAUUUUAUCAAGUAUAAUAAAGUAUUUUAUUUAUAUUCAUUAACUAUAUAUGUGUAUAAAAACCAUGUGAAUAUCACAUGGGUGACGGAUUGAUGAAGUAGCAUGUAUAUUAUAUGGUGGGACACAAUUCAAAUGGAUCUUCUUGUUGUGUGUUUUAUAUAACUAAUUUCUUGCUUCUUUAUUGCUUUUUUUAUAUAAUAAAUCAAUUAUAACCGAUCUUUCUUAUCGUAGCAUGACAAUAAUGGCAUCAGAAAGUCGCAAUGCCAACACAGAAAGCUCCCAAUCCACGACGUCCUCUUCUGCAUGGCUUAAUUUGCUCUCACCUAUUUAGAAAGUGUUACGUAAUAUUUGAUUUUUAAUGUUCUAGUGAAGUGUUUGGCUUUGGUCUGAUAGCUUCUCUUCUCUCUGUCUCAGUUUUUGAGCUGUGUUUUUAUUAUGCUGCCUAGUGGUGGUGAUUAUUUACUGUUUUUAGCUUUUUAAACUUUCUCUGCUUUACUUUUCUGACGUUUGGUUUUUUUUUGCGUUGCUUUGAGACUGUGCGAAUGGCUCUGUAUUGGUCUCAUCUCUGGUUUGGGGAUGAGCUUAUCUCUUCUAUAUAAUGAAAUUCAGUGUUAAAAAAAAAAAUUAAUUAGGAAACAUAUCUUAUAUAUUCACAAAAAUAAAAUCAGGCUAGGAAAAGGAGAAAGAAAAGUAAAAAAGUGUGUUAUUUUGCCAACUUGUUGGUGAAAAAACUUGUGGAGACUAAAGUCAGUCCAUGGAUCAUCUUCUUUUUCACUUUUUGUUCUCUCACAUUCUCUGCAUCUCUAAUAUCAUAACUUAAAGCUUAUCGGAUGUUUGAAGAUGAUCAAAUGGAUAAUCAAUUUGUAUGCCAUCUUCUAAACUUCAAUAUCUUAACUAGAAGUUAAAAUUGCACUCCUAACUCCUAAGUUGUUCUGUUAUUUUGAUUUUUUUUUAAAGACAAGAAAGAAAACCUAAAACAUUUCAUCAAUUCUUGAGAUUACUUUACACAUGUGGCCUUAGAUGGAUUUAGUAGAUUCAAAAACUUAUAUUUUUUCUCGAAAACAAUAAAGGAACAUAUAGAGGACAUGCUUGAUCUUCUCAUUGCCUUUACCUCCAAGAAAGUUGCUUUAUGUGUGUCUUGAUGACCCAUCCAUGACUCAUCCAUUACCACAAAGAUUACUGCCUCUUGCCUCUUUGUAUUUCCCUUUAAAUAUCCUGCCUACCACACGGUUUCAUCAUCACUAUCUCUCAUAAUCUCUCAACAUCAAGAUCAAGAUUCAAGAUUCAAGAUCAAGAUCACCACUCAUCCUCCAAGAUGACAAUGAGCACACUCCACCAACAAGUUCUUGCACUUCCAGCAGCCAAGACUGCUCCAUCAGGUUACUUUCCUGAUCCAGCUUCCAUCAACAAGCUCCAAAUCCCAACAUUUUCCAAAAAAUCUGAACAAAUCAAGAAAAAAUGUCUUCUGAGAAAGAAGAAAACCGAGAGCUUCACAAACGGAGCUAGAGAUCAAAACAAGUUAGGCCCCAAACUGACCGAAACAGUCAAGAGAAAGAUAUCUUUGGGAGCUAAGAUCCUUCAAAUGGGAGGCUUAGAGAAGAUUUAUAAACGGCUCUUCAGAGUCCACGAUGAAGAGAAACUCUUCAAAGCUUACCAGUGUUACCUAUCCACAACCGCAGGUCCCAUUGGAGGCUUACUCUUCAUCUCAUCAAAGAAGAUUGCUUUCUGCAGCGAGAGAUCUAUCAAAGUGGCUUCUCCUCAGGGAGAUCUAACUAGGGUUCACUACAAAGUGUCAAUCCCAUUGUCCAAGAUCAAUGGAGUGAACCAGAGUGUAGACACGAAGAAGCCAUCUCAGAAGUACCUUGAAGUAGUCACUGUGGAUGGCUUUGAGUUCUGGUUCAUGGGUUUCUUGAGUAACAAGAAAGCUUUCAACUGUCUUGAGCAAGCACUUUCUGUGAACUUGGAGCAAUAACAAGGAGAUAGGCUAGAAAAGUUAGACAAUAUUGUACAAACUAUUUUUUUUAGCUUUAACCCUUUGGUUAUCCAUUGUUGACAAGAGCAAGAGACUGAAUAUAUUUAGCUUCUCUCAUAUA